AUGGGUGCUAUUGACGUUUUAAAGAAAUGGGAUUUUUACAAGAAGAUCCCAGAGGACCUAACGGUGAGCACGCUUCCCGGCGUGAGUUUGUCGAUUGCUGGUUGCUUUAUCAUGUUUGUCCUCUUUAUCCUCGAAUUUAAUAGCUACCUUACGGUAGACUACAAGUAUGACAUUGUUAUGGACGAGGGCUUGGACCAGACCAUGCGCAUCAACUUUAACAUAACAGUGCCCGACUUGCCAUGUGAAUUUGCGUCAGUAGAUGUAUCAGAUAUGACGGGUACCCGGAAACAUAACAUGACGUCAAACAUUUUUAAAGUCCGUUUGGAUCAAAAAGGUCGCAUGGUUGGUCUUGCAGAGGACAAACAGAUCAUGCCACGCUUUGCAGAAGAUCACGAAUAUGGUGAUUUGCCCGAAUCAGAUGCGACUGUUACUGAGUUAGAUGAGUUAACUUUUGAGCCAUUUUUGAAGCAACACCACUACGUAGCUGUUGACUUUUUCGCUCCGUGGUGUGUCUGGUGUAAGCGUUUAGAGCCUGUGUGGACUCGUGUAGCUAAGACACUCCCGUCUUUACACUACGGGCAGCAAGUUCGUGUUGCAUCUGUUGACUGCCAGGCUCAUCCUCAACUUUGCAUGAAACAGUUUAUUCGUGCAUAUCCCUCUAUUCUAUUUUACAAAGACGGCGAUAUUUCUCCCGUGGAAAUGUACUUUGGAGAUCGUACUGUCGAAGCUUUUCUAGACAAAUUCAAGCAGCUUAUGGCUGGUGAAAUUGAUGUCGUUGAAGCUCGAAAAAAAGAGCUAUUUGAACAGGACAAGAAGGAUGCUCACGAUCAGGGACGAGCCAUUGCACGUUCUGCCAUUGGUCCCGAAGGUUGUCGUCUCUCCGGAUUUUUGUAUGUGAAGCGUGUCCCAGGCAAUUUUCAUGUGCACUUGGCCAAUCCAGCGUACUCGAUGGAUUCAUCCCUUGUAAAUGCGUCGCACACUGUCGAUGAGCUGUGGUUUGGAGAAUAUUUGUCGCCUCAUGACAUGGAAAAGUUACCGCACGAGGCACAGAUGAAGUUGUACAUGCACCGUCUGGACAAUCAGGAAUUUAUAUCUUUUCACAAGAACCACACGUACGUACACUACAUUAAAGUCGUGACGAACUCGUACGUGCAAAACGACGAAUCAGAGGUGAACGUUUACAAAUACACGGCGCAUUCUAAUGAAUACCUGGAGACGGAGGAUCUCCCAUCUAUCAUGUUUCGUUACGAUUUAUCGCCAAUGUCAGUUCGCAUCUCAGAGGAUUCGGUACCGUUUUACCACUUCGUCACAUCCGCUUGUGCCAUUAUUGGCGGCGUCUUCACAGUCAUUGGAAUUCUUGACCAGAUCAUCCAUCAGACAGCACGUGCAUUAAACAAAAAGGUGCUGUAA